UUAACGUUGCCUGGGUUUCUAAAAACCUAGAUGAGUCAUAAUUUCCUGAUAUUAAAUUGUAAAUCUAUCCAACCGGUAGAAUUACAAAUUUGAAAUAUCUUAUUUAAAAUACGAAAAUAAAAAAUUAUAAAAAAAUUGCUAAAGAAAGAGGAAAGUGAUUCUGAAACUGAAGAUUUCAAUGAACUGGAUAAAUCACAAAAAGUCUACAAAGAUUCUAAUGAAGACAGAGAUGAAUACAAUGAUAUUGCUGAAGAUGGCAGAGAUCAGGAGGAUGAAACUGUUGAAGAUCAAGUUGUAAAAAAACAAGCUGUUGUAGAUCAAGCUGUUAAAAACCAAGCUGUUGUAGAUCAAGCUGUCAAAGAUCAAACUAACAAAGAUGAUUUCCCAAAUAGUCUUGAGGGCAAGGAUGAUCAGAUUAUUACAGAAGAGGAUGCCGAUGACAUCAGCAAGACGGUAGAGGAUGAACAGAGGCAUCUGGAGGACAUGGAUGACCUAAACCUGGAUGACCUGAACCGAAAGAAGAGAUCUGUGGAAGCUGUGGAUAAUACUACUUCUACCACUACUUCUAAAGAUACUCACAAUUUUUACCAACUCCUCAGAUUUAUUCAGAACGAGGGAUUGGAAGUUAUGAUAUCAUCAUUGUUCCGAUUAUGCUGCUCUAGCCUCCUCAUCAUGGGAGCUAGAAGUGGCCGUCCUUGGUUCCUUGUACCCUGGCUGGUUGAGGAGUGUAUUGAGAUGGCGGGAGGUGCGCUACAGUUCCUUCUACAUAUGUCAAGAAAUGGAGGCUGGACAUUCAUAGGUCUACUUCUGAUUUCUCUACUUUAUGCCCUAGGAGCAUAUUUCAUAUUCAGUGUUUACUCAUUCCACAGCAAGCUACGAUGGAUGUCCAGACAAAGUCAUGAGGUUAUUUCUUCAGUUUCACAAGGUGGAUUCCAGGCAGGGUUAAACUAUCAACGUUUAGAGGAUGAAUGUUGGCAAACAGAUCCAAAUCUAGCAAGAGAAUUUGAUCUAAGAAACUCUGGGUUUGUGAGAGAAAGCAAGAUUUCUGUAGAAGAACCUGAUGAUUAUGUUCUUUAUGUAAAAUAAUUUUUUUUCAAUUAGUUUUUAUUUGAAACUUUUAGCAAAUAAAGUACAUUAUUUUGAUA